AUGGAGCUUGAAGAAAAUAUUCAACUGCAUCUAUUAAAGGCCAAUUCGGACAACGAGAGAGUCAAAACAGAGGUAACAGUGGAGGCAGGUUUGAGGCUGAAGGUCUACAGCAGACGCUGGUAUAUUCUCAUCGCCUAUGCGUUCUUGGUCGGUCUCCAGUCCCUGGUCUACAACACCUUCCAGCCUAUUUCCAAAACAGCCGUCUCUGCCUUUGAGUGGAGCAGAACUGACAUCACCGUCAUCGCCAACUGGGGACCCAUCAUGUUCUUCCUCUUCAUGCCCCUGUAUUCCUGGCUGCUGGACACUAAAGGUUUGCGAGUGUCGUGUCUUCUCGGACUUUUCUCCAUCACACUGGGGUGUGCAAUCAGAUGUAUAACUUCAGACCCUCCUUGGGUCAGAUGGACCAUGCACCUUGGACAACUGUGCAAUGGCCUGGCUAGCCCUGUCAGUACAGCAGCGCCCCCUGUGUUGUCGUCGCUCUGGUUCCCACCUCAUGAACGUACGACCGCCACAGCACUCGCCGCCAUGUCCAAGUUUGUCGCCCUGGCUGUGUCCUUUAUUGUAGCACCCCUUGCUGUUCCCGAGAUAACACAUAGGAAUUGCACAGCGAAGAACUUUGCAAGGUGA